AUGGAGGACUGGUUGCUGAAGAAUGACAAUGCAACCUCCUUCUUGUACAAACAUGUCGACAGGAGGCUGGGAUAUCAGCCGAGUGAUCCGGCUCCACCGAGCGCAACCACCAGGACAGCAAGACAUGUGCUCACCAUGUGCGACUUGAGCAGAGAUGAGGUGAUGGAUAUCUUGCGAGUGGCUGCAGCCAUGAAGGAGUCGAGGAAGAACUACUUGGACACGGGAUACGACAGAUUCUCGGAGACCUUGAAAGGCUACUCCCUCCUGACGCUGUUCGAGAAGCCUUCAUUGCGCACGCGAGUGUCCUUGGAGGUUGGCAUGAACCAGCUUGGUGGCCAGGCAAUCUUCUACUCUAUAGCCGACUCGCCUCUGGGCGUGAAGGAAAGCAUUCAGGACACUGGCAGAGUCCUGUCUCGAAUGUGUCAGGGCAUCACUGCCCGAGUGAUGACGCGCAAGGCUCUCCGGAGUUUGGCACAGGUUGCGGAAAUCCCUGUCAUCAAUGCGCUGGACGAUUAUGCGCACCCGCUGCAGAUGCUUGCAGACCUGUUGACUGUACUGGAGUACAAGGGCUCUUUUGCAAACUUCACGAUGACGUACAUGGGCGAUCUGGAGAAUAAUGUGACCUAUGAUUUGAUGCGAACAGCAGCUCUGAUGGGGUAUAACUUGAACCUUGCUGGGCAGGGCGACAUCGAGAAGUCUGUAUGGGACGAAGUGAACGCAUUGGCAGAGUCGUCUGGGUCAAAAGUGAAAGUUUGCCCAACCGCUGCUGAGGCAAUGACCGGAGUAGAUUGCGUUUACACCGAUAGUUGGAUGAGCUAUGGCAUUGCAAAAGAAGAAGAGGAAGCCCGCAUGAAGCUCUUCAUGCCGUAUCAGGUCACCGCAGAACUUAUGAAGCUUGCAAAGCCAGACUGCAUCUUCAUGAAUUGCUUGCCUGCGGCUCGAGGCAUGGAGCAAACUGCAGAAGUAAUAGAUGGACCUCAGUCUGUCGUCUUUGACCAGGCGGAAAACCGGCUCCAUGCGAUGAAGGCUCUGGCAGUCUUCAUGAUGGCACCCAAGCGAUUUGGGGAAAUUAUGGGCCUCGGCAGGACGAACAAAGGCAAGAAGAAGGGUGGCACAAUGUUCUCGGCGGAAAGCAUCCAGCGAAUCUGUGUGCUCAAAACUCUCAUUCAGAGGCGGCCAGAGAUUCCGGACGAUGCACUUCUGAUUUUCUCCGACCUGGACGAGGUGCCUUCUGCACAGGCCAUUCAGAUGUUGAGGGUGUGCAAGACCAAGCCCAGUGCCAAGGAUGGGCCUUGGAUCCAGGCCCACUACCCCAUGCCGUACAACCUCCGGGUUGGCUGCAAAGCAAGAAAGAAGUCCGAGUUGCACUACCAAGGGGUUUUCACGACUAUGGGCUUCCUUCGCAGGAAGAAGGGCCUGGCGCUGCGGUACAACAUGAGGCGAAACCUGAUUGUGCCGAGAGCUGGGAUUCACCUCACUUAUGUUGGAUCUCGCGCUGAUGUUGACUACAAGCUACUGCAUCACGGUGCCUUCCUUUGA